AUGGCCACCAGCCAGAGGUCUAAUGCAGAAACCCGCUAUGGCCAGAUCAGUGGAGGAGCGGAUCAACCCCUUCAACAGAAGCCGCGGAAGGCGUGCAUCAACUGCCGCAGGCAGAAAAUGAAAUGUAUCAUCGAACCUAACGGUGUGUGCCGUCGAUGUCGUCGCUCCAGUCUCCCUUGUAUAUUUGUGCCGCGUGCAAACGCAGCUACACUGCCCCAUAGUAUAAUCGGUUUGCAGGAGGACGAUUUCAAAAAAGAUGUCCUUCGUAGACUAGAUUUCAUUGAAGAUAGACUUGGUAUAUCUGGCGUGCUUGGCCCCUGCGUGGAGUCCCCAGCUGCUCAUGGCGGAUCAGAGGAUGGAGAAGAAGAGUUCAGCAGCCUAAGUGCACUGUGGGAUGCAGUACUAGUGCUUCAGAGGAGUUCUCCUAGCUCUAUCCCCACAGUCAUAUGGCACAAGAGGACCGUCAAAGACCUUUGGCUAUCGUUUCACAAUCGAAUGCCAGGGUUACAUUUUAUGCCCCGCAAACAGACUUUCUCUUCGCCACAACCCUUGCUCGUGGCUUCAAUUCUAUUCUUCUCGAGUGUACGUGGUCCGCCGGAUGUGGCGGAGAUUGCAACGCACUACUUUGACGUGUUAUGCAAUGCCAUCGCCCAGUUAUGCAUUCCCACGAGUGAAGUGAGCCAAACACCAGAGGAUACUGAGGAAUGGGCGUUCCAGACUGUGCUGGGCAUUGUACUUGCGGGGCUUCUUACGGAGGCUGUUGUUCGCGAGACGGGUGUCUGGAUAUCGAUAGCCUAUCGUCUUAUCCUAGAACACUGCCCGGCCCAUAUCGACGACACUUCUCGAGAAUGGCGAAAGCUAUUCAGCGGUGUGCAAAUCAUUGAUCUGGAGCAUGCAUCCCUCCAUCUAUCCUGUCCUGUCAUACCGAUAGAGUCCCCGCUCCUGGGCCUGCAAACGUCCCAUCGCGACCAGCUUUAUCGGUUGUCCCGCAUGAUGCAUACUGGGCUAACGCAUUUUACUGGAAGAGGCCUACCAACCAUCUGGUCAUGUUUUACCAGUCAGACACAACCCACUAUAAACCUACAUAGCAAUUUCACACCGGUUGAUGCGGCUGUGAUCAGAGACUGGGCAAGGCAGCUGGAUGAGUGGCUCGUCGAGUUCAGUCAGAGUUCGGAUAAUUCGGAGCAAGAUGUCAAGCUGGUUUUUCGGCAAUACGUGUUGCAUAGACUGGUCGUGUUGUCCAUCUAUCAUCCAGCCAGGGGAUGCGAUCUCUGGUCCAACAGUAUCACGCCUCAAGAACAACAUGAGCUGCUCCUGUCAGCCCGAGCCACCCUGAAGCUACAUUCCCACGAUAGCACUAUAUGGUCCAAUUGGGACCAGAUCAUGAUCACCUGGGCUGCACUUAUCGUUAUCCAAGGAAUUGAAGGCGGGGCCGGCGAAGCAGAUGACCUCCCUAACAUAAGAAUUCAUCUUCAAAUGCUCAAACAGAUUACAGGGCUGAAACCAAAUCUCUGUGACAAACUUAUCACCCGUCUGGAAGCCAGUCUGGCUACUGUCCACACACCUACUUCUGUGGACCUACAACAGAAUGCCUAUGAGGAUCCCCCUGCAAUUGCACCCAUGGACCAGUCAUGGCAAAUAUUUGACCAGUCCAGCCUGCAACACAUGAUGUAUUCGGAUUGGACGGUGUAG